GUGAGGCACCCGCAAAAGCGAAGAGAAGAAGAGUCUACUGGGUUGCAAAGAAGCGUGGAUAUGUCGGACCCGGCGGCACAGGCCUUGCAACCGCGGCUUCUCCAAGCCCAGUCCAGUGGGUCUGCUGGUUCGAAUACUGCCUCUACCGGUUCUGGGUCAGCAAAUAGCGACCCGGCCAGGCCGGGCUUAAGCCAACAGCAGCGUGCAAGCCAGAAGAAAGCCCAAGUCCGAGCUUUCCCACGGGCAAAAAAGCUAGAGAAACUUGGCGUAUUCUCCGCAUGCAAGGCCAGCGAUACAUGCAAGUGUAAUGGCUGGAAAAACCCAAACCCACCUACAGCCACCCGUAUGGACCUUCAACCACAAGCGGCCAGCCUAAGCGAACCCUGUCGCAGCUGUGGACAUGCUCUGGCUGACCAUGUAUCCCACCUGGAGAAUGUGUCGGAGGAAGAGAUAAACAGGCUGUUGGGGAUGGUCGUGGACGUGGAAAAUCUCUUCAUGUCCGUACAUAAAGAGGAGGAUACGGACACGAAGCAAGUCUACUUCUACCUCUUCAAGCUGCUGAGGAAAUGCAUACUGCAGAUGAGCCAGCCAAUUGUGGAGGGGUCUCUUGGAAGUCCUCCCUUUGAGAAACCAAACAUAGAGCAGGGGGUGCUGAACUUUGUCCAGUACAAGUUCAGUCACCUGGCACCAAAGGAGCGUCAGACCAUGUUUGAACUCUCCAAGAUGUUCCUCUUGUGCCUCAACUACUGGAAGCUGGAGACCCCAACGCAAUAUCGCCAGCGCUCUCAGAAAGACGAUGGCACGGCUUACAAAGUUGACUACACAAGGUGGCUAUGCUACUGCCACGUCCCCCAGAGCAACGACAGCCUGCCUCGCUACGAGACCACUCAGGUGUUUGGCCGCAGCCUGCUCAAGUCCAUAUUCACAGUGACACGGCGGCAGUUGCUGGAGAAGUUCCGCGUGGAGAAGGACAAGCUGCUGCCCGAGAAACGCACUCUCAUACUCACGCACUUUCCUAAAUUCUUGUCUAUGCUUGAGGAGGAGAUCUAUGGGGAGAACUCUCCCAUCUGGGAGGCUGACUUCACAAUCCCCGCCUCGGAAGGAACACCCCUCGGACACCAGACAGGGAUCAGUUCUACCUCGGUGUCCCUCACCCCCUCCCUGUCCAAGGGCAUGAGCGGGGUCUCAUCCCUCGGCAGCGCGGAUAAGUCCGGAGCAGAGCCCACCACAGGAGAGAAGCGCAAGCUUCCAGAGGCGAUGACCUUGGAAGACGCCAAGCGGAUCCGCGUGAUGGGCGACAUUCCCAUGGAGCUGGUGAACGAGGUCAUGAUGACCAUCACCGACCCUGCCGCCAUGCUGGGCCCCGAGACUAACCUGCUGACGCCCAACGCCGCCCGCGACGAGACAGCCCGCCUGGAGGAGAGGCGCGGCAUCAUAGAGUUCCACGUGAUCGGGAACUCCCUCUCGCAGAAGUCCAACAAGAAGAUCCUGAUGUGGCUGGUGGGCCUGCAGAACGUCUUCUCGCACCAGCUGCCCCGCAUGCCCAAAGAGUACAUCACCAGGCUGGUGUUCGACCCGAAGCACAAGACUCUUGCACUUAUCAAAGACGGCCGCGUCAUCGGAGGCAUCUGUUUUAGGAUGUUCCCCACUCAGGGCUUUACAGAGAUUGUCUUUUGCGCAGUCACGUCCAAUGAGCAAGUCAAGGGCUACGGAACGCACCUGAUGAACCACCUGAAGGAGUACCACAUCAAACACAGCAUCCUCUUUUUCCUCACCUACGCCGACGAGUACGCCAUCGGCUACUUCAAGAAGCAGGGCUUCUCCAAAGACAUCAAGGUACCAAAAAGCCUUUACUUGGGCUACAUCAAGGACUACGAGGGCGCCACGCUGAUGGAGUGCGAGCUGAACCCUCGGAUACCCUACACCGAGCUCUCCCACAUCAUCAAGAGACAGAAAGAGAUCAUCAAGAAGCUGAUCGAGCGGAAACAGAGCCAGAUUAGGAAGGUGUACCCGGGCCUCACCUGCUUCAAGGAGGGAGUCCGCCAGAUCCCAGUGGAGAGCAUUCCCGGCAUUCGAGAGACCGGCUGGAAACCCAGCAGCAAGGACAAAUGUAAGGAGGUUAAGGACCCUGACCUGCUGUACAACAUGCUGAAGAACCUCCUGGCCCAGAUCAAGACACACCCUGAGGCCUGGCCCUUCAUGGAACCAGUGAAGAAAUCCGAAGCACCAGAUUACUACGAGAUCAUCCGCUUCCCAAUCGACCUCAAGACCAUGACCGAAAGGCUGAAGAACCGCUACUACGUCACCAAGAAGCUCUUCAUCGCCGACCUGCAGCGCAUCAUCACCAACUGCCGGGAGUAUAACCCCGCCGACAGCGAGUACUGCAAGUGCGCCAACACGCUCGAGAAGUUCUUCUACUUCAAGCUGAAGGACGGCGGCCUGAUCGAGAAAUGAUGCGCCGCGGAAACCGCGUGGGUCUGACCUCGUCCGUCACGCCUCUCCUCACCGAUUCCAGGGGGCCAAGGCGGACGCGGAGAGACGAACGAACGCCGCAGGGGAACACGGUGGAUGUUUUGUGACUUAACGCUAGGGGCCACCUGGGCAUUACGUAGUGGUAAAUGUUAUCCUUCCUCCUCUGCCCGUCAAGUAUUCCUCUGAAACCUGCUAUCUCAUCUGAAAUGCUGUAAUUGAAAAAUAACUGUUUUGAUGCAUUAAACGUACCAAAGUUAUAGGUUCCAGUAAAAAAAAGAAAAUGGAAUUGCGUGUUAAGGAUCAAGCAUGGAUGCAAUUAUGUUUUUUUUGUUUUGUUUUUUAAGUAAACAUUGUGCCCUGAUUUCAAAAAGUACAUAUUUUUGUUUUGUACACCAGAGACUGGACCUUAGAACCUAAGCCACCGUUGCCUUCUGUUGCUUACACAACACUUGAACAGGCCAGUUUACCAGAGGGUUAUAUGAACAUCGGUCUUAUCAACAAGAGGUGCAGUCAUUUUCACACAUUCUCGUCAAACGUGGGCAGUUGUUGCACUGGGUAACCUAGUUAGCCUCUCGGUUGACCCCGCCUACCUACCAGUCAACCAUUCACCAUCGGUGGAAACAAGCAGUUCAGUUAGGAAAAUACAUUGCCCCUCCCUCCCCAUCGCUUUCAGGAUUGCGUCGGUUUCUCCGUAACAUGUUUUAGUAGGAGAGUUUCAUUUUAUAAUUCAACACUUAAAAGGCCGAGUUUACCUGUUCCUUUGAGCUCCUCCUGGAUAACCUUUCUUGAAAUAUUGCAUCUUUUAUUUUAGGAUUACUCCAAGAAGAAACCAGUCCUGUCACCAGUCCUUUAAAGUGGUGCUGACGUUGCAUUGUUUGGUUUAAAGGUCAAUAUAAGUUGUUCUGGUUUAUAACUCAUUCCAUACACGCUUUGGUUGUUGCAGCAUGGCAAAAAAAAAACGAAAACACAAUUCAUUCAGAAUUCAAUCAUAGCCGUCACACUCGCCUUCACGAGUCUCACACUCAUGGUGCAAAGUAACUCGUGUGGGUAUGCAGACCCGUGUCUUGGGUGAACCUGCUUGUUGAUUGUUGCACUCACUUUGUAUGCAUCUGUUUCUCUCUAUAUGUCUGUGUGUGUUAUUUUGUACUUGAAUCAUUCUUAGCUUUGAUUAACUUGAGUCAUGUCAGUGUUGCAUUCUUCAGGGUUGUCGGUUGUCUCUUAAUGAUCUACAUAUGCUGCAGUACAGAAUCGUAUUAAAGAGGACAGAGUGAAACUUUAAUCUAUAUAGCAACUACUACUGUCUAGUUAUAGUAUACAUGCCAAUCUACUGUAACUGUAAAACCUUAAUAAAAGUUUUUUUUUUUC